AUGAACGGCUACGGCUCCCCCUACCUGUACAUGGGCGGCCCGGUGUCGCAGCCGCCGCGGGCGCCCUUGCAGCGCACGCCUAAGUGCGCGCGCUGCCGGAACCACGGGGUGCUCUCGUGGCUCAAGGGCCACAAGCGCUACUGUCGCUUCAAGGACUGCACCUGCGAGAAGUGCAUCCUGAUCAUCGAGCGGCAGCGGGUGAUGGCGGCGCAGGUGGCGCUGCGCCGGCAGCAGGCCAACGAGAGCCUGGAGAGCCUCAUCCCGGACUCGCUGCGGGCUCUGCCAGGGCCCCCGCCGCCGGGGGACGCCGCGGCCACCGCCGCCACCGCCUCACAGUCGUCGCCAGCCUCACAGGCGUCCCAGACGCCGGCGCCGCCUCGUCCAGCCGCGGAGUUGGCCGCAGCUGCCGCGCUGCGCUGGGUCGCCGAGCCCCAGCCCGGGACGCUGCCAGCCCAGCUUGCUAAGCCAGAUUUGACAGAAGAGCGACUUGGGGACAGCAGUUCAGGGGACAAUGCUGCGGAGACCUUCAGUGACAAAGACACCGACCAGAGGAGCUCCCCAGAUGUUGUCAAAAGCAAGAACUGCUUCACUCCGGAGAGCCCCGAGAUCGUGUCUGUGGAUGAAGGUGGGUAUGCCGCUGUGCAGAAAAACGGGGGCAACCCCGAGAGCUGCCCUGACAGCCCCAAAUACCAUGCCGAGCAGAGCCACCUCCUGAUCGAGGGCCCAUCGGGGACCGUCUCUCUGCCCUUCAGCUUGAAAGCCAACCGGCCACCCUUGGAGGUGUUGAAGAAAAUCUUUCCAAACCAGAAGCCCACUGUACUGGAGCUCAUCCUGAAAGGCUGCGGGGGCGACCUGGUCAGCGCCGUGGAGGUCCUGCUGUCCAGUCGGUCCUCCGCGGCUGGGGCGGAGCGGACGGCCGAAGAGAGCCUGGUGCUGCCCUCCAGCGGCCACAUCUUUGAACACACGCUGGGCUCCUACCCUAUCUCUUCCUCCAAGUGGUCGGUGGGCUCUGCCUUCCGAGUCCCUGACUCCUUACGCUUUUCCGCGGACUCCAGCAACGUGGUCCCUAACCCCUUGGCCGUGCCCCUGCAGCAUCCUUUCCCCCAGCCACCCCGGUACCCGCUGAUGCUGAGGAAU